GCCCUCUCCAGAUCCAGCGUCGAGAGGUCGCCGCCGUCUGCCCUAGUACCGGCCGCCGACGCCUCAGUCCCGGCCGCCCCUGCCGCGCGUGGCCGGCCGCCGCCGUCCCCCCCGAUUCACCAACACCAACACCAGCACCCACAGCUUUUGGCUUGAAGGGAGUCAGGUGCGGAUUUCAUUAAUCUCGUCCGCAGACCAGAUGUGCCCUCAGUUGUCUCCAGAUGAGAAGCUUGCUUCUGAAGAAAGCCUCAAGUUGUACUGCAGACCAAUUGAGUGGUACAAUAUUAUUCAACAUCGAGCUGCUAAAAAUCCCACUUUCCUGCAAAGAUGCCUUGAUUACAUGAUAGAAGCAAGACGAAAAAAGAGGAUUCAAUUAACUGUAUCACUCUCUCGAGGUACAAAUACUGCAUGUCGAGAACAGAAUAUCUUCCCUCUUUAUGUUCUGUUAGCUACACCUACUAGUAACAUUUCACUUGAAGAGCACCCUUCCAUAUAUCGAUUCAGUCGGGCCUAUUUUCUUACAUCUUUUGGUGGAUUUGGUAGUAAAGAUCACACCAAAGCUACAUUUGUAAUUCCAGACAUCGAGAAUUUAGCAUCCUCCAGAGCUUCCAACCUUAACAUUAUCAUUAUCAGCCGUGGACAAGUUGGAGAAGAUAUUGGUGAAAACAACUGCACCGGGGGCCAUUUGGAACAAUCUGCUCUCCAAAAACUUGAAGGGAAAUGUUUCUGGGGUAAUAUAUCAAUUAAUUUACUUCGUUUGUCAUUGGAGAAUCAUGCGUCAACUUUAAAUUUGGGACAUACCAUGAAGUUAACUUCUACGGUUGAAAUGAGACCAAGUUUCUUAGAGAAAAAAUUUCUUGAGCAAGACAAUUGCUUGACAUUUUGCUCUCACAAGGUUGAUGCUACGUGUGGCAAUGGGUUAUGUCUCCGCAGCUGUUUGACUGCAAGCCAUGCUGUGAGCACUGUCGCACGCUGUCGCUGCCAGCACUGUCGCCACUGCAUGCAAGCAAGACAACUGGGCAGAUUAAGAGCUGGAAAUGUGCAUUUCAACUACAAGUAUUACAAAAAUACUAUGCAAAAGACUGAAGUCACUGAAGAUUUUGCUUGCCCCUUUUGCUUCGUAAAGUGUGGAAGCUACAAGGGCCUGGGGUGUCACCUGAACUCAUCACAUGACCUAUUCCACUUUGAGUUUUGGAUAUCUGAAGAACGCCAGGCUGUUGAUGUUAGUCUGAAGGCUGAUGCAUGGAGAAUAGAGCUUGGGCCUGAGGGAGUUGAUCCAAUACAUCAAACAUUUUCCUACUGCUCAAGGUUUAAGACUAGAAGGUCGGUAACCACAUCUGUGAAAAUAAGCCUUGACGAUGAUAUUUCUGUGGAACGUGCUUCUGUUGAUCCUUCUCAAGCAUCACCGACAGUAUGAGGGAAUACAAGGAAGUUAUCUGUAGAGCGAGUUGAUCUCAGAAAGUAGCCACCCUUCUGUUUACGUUGCUGAUACACCAUCAGGGUUACUCGCCUACCGCUUUAGCCAUAUAAAAUUGACAAGACGAGGAUGAUUUUGAUCCGAUUACAACAGAAAUUGUUAAACCAAAUGUUUUUAUGUGUAUACUGUCCGGCAGCUAGCAACUCCUGCAGAAACGUCAGUCCCUGCACUCUCACAGGGCACAGAUUUGGCGCCCUACAAAUUUGGCUCAUGUCUUAUUUGCUUUCACUAGGAGAGUGAUUAUGUCUAUUGGACUUUCCAGCAUUGUGCUCAUCGUAUUCUGGUGAUGCCAAAUCAGUCUGAUGACAUGUUAGCAGUGGAGUCGAGCAGGCCAUACAAGUUCUAAACAGUGACUGUGCCUUGGUAUUUGGAAGGUUCAUAAGCUGCUCACUCUUUGACAGCUUGGACACUGGAGGAUCACUAAGAAGAAAACCACCUUAGUGAUAAAAAUGGUGUUGUCACUUCAGGAUAGCGUCUUUCAGUUCCUUCUCUCUCGGGUCAUACUCCCUGAAUCAGUCAACAAGAUCAUGGAUUUCUUCAUCCGAUUCAUCACAACUAACAAAAUAUGAUGAAUUCGAACCUUUACAGUCAAAACUGGAGAGGAUAGCUCUUAACCAUACUAAUGUCUCUCUCCCUGUGUAUUACCAUGACAUUAUUCUUCAUAAUACUUCCUAGUUGUUGCACAUUUGGUUAUGUUUCAUCUUUAUUUAUUUAUUUUUGAUUCCCAUGCAAACAAUUCCCUAUUGAUAAUUAUUUCAAUUUCAGUUUUUGGCUAAACGACAACUUGGACACUGGAGAAUCCACUAAGAGAAAAACUACCUCGGUGAUAAAAAUGCCGUCGCCACUCCAGGAGCGAGGAAGUGGCUUCAACACAAGAUCUUAGAUAUACACACUAAUUGGGGGCACCAUAGGAGCUCCCACAUUAAUCCUAGGCAACCAGGCCCCGUCGUCGGCUGGCCGGACAUGUCUGCUGAGUUCUCCACAUCAGAGAAAGGGGAAAGAUAAAACACGCCAAGGAACAGGUAUGCUGGUCGGUUAUUUGUCUAAGAUUGAUGGGUUACCUAUAUUGAUUGCAGAUUUUUGGGUGUUUCUCAUCUGACAGAAAUAUUGUGUGUAAUUCGGGUGUAGAUACCUUCGAUAAUGCCACAUCUUUCUCAUAACUAUUAGUCCAGGUUGUACCACUCGGUGGAAGGUGAUGCAAGUUCAGCUGCAUAUGAACUAAUUGGUGCAUCAUAUAUGACACACACUCCUGCAGAAUAGCAUAUCAAUCCUACAGUGCAUACACACAAGACACAUUAUCACAUAUAUCUCUUCCUUUGUCCUGUAUCCUCACCCUCUGUAGUUCCUCCACUAUAUGAUCGUUGCUCUUUCAGGUCAAGCCCUUCUCGUGAAAUCCUCAGGUAUAUUUCCAUAUUAUUGCAAAUAAGGUAAACACAAGAAGCUAGAAAUAUUCAUUCUAAAAAAAUGCUAUCCAUCAUCUGGCUGUUUAUUUAAUCUGUUAACCCUGUGUGGCUGUAAUUUCUCUAUCUUUUUCCGCUCCAUUGUUAUAAACGUUUAGUCUACAAAAUGCUACAUUUGUUCAGUCUGCCACUUAAAGUGUUAAUGGGAAGUAACCAAGGUUUGUGCAAUGCAAAUCAGUAGCAUAAAGAAAGUUUCGAGAUUUGGUCCAAGCAAGGUAUAUUGUGAUGCAAGAGUGCUUGAUGUAUAUUAUUAUAUGCUUUGUUGCUUUCAAAUCAGGUUUAUUUACUUUGUGACAUACUAACUGGGAGAUGUUAAUGUUUUCGAUUAUUUAUUCGUAGUCAGUUAUACAACUCAUAGAUCAUAGCUCAGGGCUAAAAUUAAUAUGUUAAUAUUCUUGUGCUCAGUGAGAACCAGAAUAAAAGGAUGAAAAUCUAGGAACACACCUUUCAAAUUACCGAAAAAGGCUUUCACCCCGCUUUUAUAUAUAAAGCAAUGAUCAACAGCACCCGGUACAAACGCAGAACCCCACAACAGACGCAAACACACACCCGAGGCAGGAUACAUAGGCACUGAGCGCAGCAACACCAUCCCUAGCACUACACGAAGAGGUGAAACUGCAUAUGGCGAACCGUGGGCUCCAAGGCGGCGCCUUCAGGAAGGGGACGACACGGAGCACCGCCACCUCCCGAUUCGAGGAUCAGAGUUUCCCCUGGAGCAACACGACGGGCAAUGAGAGCCGUGACGAUGCCUUCAAGAAGGGAACGAGCUUCGCUGCCGCCGGUCCAUCUGAAGAUAGAGCAAGUUUUCACCCCGGCCACCAUU